GCCUCGUGGGGAGGGGGGGAGGAAGGUCCUGUCGGUCAUUUCUUGGCCACGCCUCCUCUCGCUAGUCCGGGAGAAGCUUGGGAGGCGGGGCGCCGGUUUUUCUUGCCCUGGGAGGAGGAGGCGGCUGAGGAGGGCUCGAGAGUCCAGUAGCCUUCCUUCCUAACUGUUUGGCCGUAAUCCCAUUCGCUGCCAUUCAGGCUGGGCGUGAAACGGGCCCAGGGGGAUCCUCCGAAGCGGGAUGCGCGUGAGUGUGGGCAGAUUUUCUUGAUGUUGCUAUUAUCUGAACCAUUCUUCCUCAGCUACUGUUAGCAGUCCUAUGUCUUUUUGAAGUUUGCCAACCAAGAAUCAGAAGUUGCAAUGAGUUACAAACAGAAGUGGAAAUACUACACUGUAUUUGGCGCUUGAGCACUCGAGCUUGCAGAAUGAGUGACGGUGGCAAACCUGUCGAAAAGAACGCAGGGGAGGAGACAAAAGAUUUCAAAGACUUUCCCGAGAGCUUUAAUCAGCUUGAAUUGUUGGAAACACACCGGGAUCUAAUCCCCAGAGGAACGCAGAGCCUCUGGUCUGGAGAGUCUGAUGAUGAAGAUCAAGAAGACAAAACAGAGGAAUGGUACCAAGCUCAAGAGAGAAAAUUGGAAAACAACCCAGAUAAGCUUCUGCUUUGGGCAGCUGAAAAAAAUAGGCUUGCUACAGUACAAAGGCUCCUAAAUCAAAAUCUGGCUUUAGUAAAUGUCCAAGAUGAAGACCAAUAUACCCCUCUCCACCGUGCUGCCUAUAGUGGACACUUGGAAAUUGUUCGUGAGCUGAUUGCUCAUGGUGCAGAUAUUCAUGCGCUAACUGUGGAUAGUUGGACCCCACUGCAUAGCGCUUGCAAGUGGAACAACACAAAGGUAGCGUCAUUCUUGCUUCAGCACGGAGCAGAUAUCAAUGCUCAGACCAAUGGUUUACUGACACCGCUGCACCUUGCGGCAGGAAACAGGGAUAGCAAGGAAACCCUGGAACUCUUGCUCAUGAAUCGCUAUUUGAAGCCAAAUCUCAGAAACAACUUGGAUGAAACAGCCUUUGAUAUUGCUCGGAGGACUGAUAUCUAUCACUACCUGUUUGAAACAGUUGAAAAUUGCACAAAUUCUGUGUCCGAUUCAUAAGAGGUGUAAACAUUUGAAUGUUGUGUGUGCUGCCCAUGCCUUUGUAAGAAAAGCAUUUUGUAAUUGCACUCAGAUUUGGUGCUUUCAACUCCACCUCUCACCAUAGCUUUACUCUAUGACAGUGGUUCCCACCUGGGUGGCCCAAGUCGUCUCAAACUGCAAUUCCCAGGAGUGAAAUGUUCUUGGACUGCAAUUCCCAGAAGCUGUGCUGGCCAGAGUUUCUGGGAAUUGCAGUCCAAGAGCACCUGGCUUAAACACUGCUCUAGAAGAUUCUCAAAUACUAUAUCACUUUGUUACAAUGUUGUUAUUUUUGUAAUACAAAACCAUACUACCCUUAUAUAUUUGAAACACUUCCACUUUUACUUGAAAAGCUUAGGAGACAUUCUCAAUAUCCUAGAAUUGUUUCAUACACAUACCAUUUAAUUGGAUAGAAGUAGCUCAAUAAGUUAUUCCCAGUUCCAAAAACAGCAUUGGAACACUCAGGAGGGGACGUCAACAGUGGCUGUUUCUUUUGUUUUAAAGCUAUCGGGAAAUGAAUGAGAUGUGAUUGCUGAUGGACAAGCCUGAGCAGAAGGGCGCAUUGGAAACAAAUUAUCAAUUUACAGCUUCUAGCCAGUACUAAGGUUAGCAUCCAGCCAUCAACGGAAGAUAAUGACAUUUUCUCUGCUGUUAUAAAUGUAAUAAAAUUUAAAACAAGAUUUAAACUUUCAAAGGCAUGCUUCAGUAUUUGGUCUACUGGUCUACCUUCAGAACAUAAAACCUUGCAUUUUCAGGCUGUCAUUUGUAAGGGGAUUGUGAAUGCCUCUAUGAGAUAAUGUUAUGCAGGAGCAGUAUUUUCCCAAUUAAUCCACAUUAUUAAAUUCCACUGAUGCCUUCA